GUCGAGUCGACUGUGCACAGGAGGAAGAGGCGCUAGAAAUAAGCUGGGUUGUCCUAUAAAAUGCCUGAAGGACCCGAGCUUCACUUGGCAAGCAAGUUUGUUAACAGGGUCUGCAGUGGCCUCGUGUUUUCAGGGAGCGUGGAAAAAUCUGCUGUGAGUAAAAACUGUGAGGUACCAUUCCGGUGCGACGCCUACAUCAUCUCAGCGGUGUCACGGGGGAAGGAGGUCAAGUUGACCCUGGCACCAAUCAAAGAGGAGGACUGGAAGGAUGAUGUGAAGUGCCCGGCAACGGAGCCUGGGGAAGCGUCUCCUGGUCCGGUGGAUAUUGUCUUCCGCUUUGGGAUGUCUGGCUCGUUUGAACUGGCUGCAGAGGAGGAGGUCCCAAAACAUGCCCACCUCAGGUUCUUCACCAGAGACAAGCCCAGACAGGUGCUGUGCUUUGUGGACCCAAGAAGGUUUGGAAGCUGGGAGCUCAACGGGACCUGGCAGCCGGACAGAGGACCCUGUGUGAUGUUUGAAUAUGAAAAAUUCAGGCAGAAUGUGCUGUCGAAUCUAUCUAACAAAGCUUUUGACAAGCCGAUCUGUGAGAUGCUAUUAAACCAGAAGUACUUCAAUGGAAUUGGGAAUUACCUACGGGCAGAGAUACUCUUCAGGUUGAAAGUUCCUCCGUUUGAGAAAGCAAGGACGGUGUUGGAAGCUUUACUUCAUAAGGAGACGACAGCUGAGUUGACUCUGAGUAAGAAAAUAAAGAUGAAGUUGGAAAAUCCUGAUGUUCUUGAGCUCUGCCACUUGCUACCAAUGGAGGUCAUUAAUUUGGGUGGGGAGGGCUACAACUCCAGCCGCUCGAGCGAAUCCUCUGCUUUCAGUGCCUGGCUCCGCUGCUACGAAGUGGCGGGAAUGCAGACGUUACGUGACGGCAACGGUAGAACCAUCUGGUUUCAGGGUAACCCAGGACCACUGGCUCCAAAAGGAUCCAAAGUUCGCAAAGCCAAGUCUCGGAGAAAAGGGACAGUGGAUGAGAAUGUAAACCAAUCAGAAACACCUGAGGGUCACACUGGCAGAAAGAGGAAGGGGCAAUCAAAGCAGCAAAUAACUCCAGAGAUUUCAGAAGAUCUUUCCAAAAAGAUGCCCCGGAGAAGUAGGGCAGCUGGGAAGCAGGCGGAAGGGACAGAGGCAUGUGAGGAAACCAGGAGAAGACCUGUGCGCACCAGGAAGAAGACUGCAGGAACGUCAUCAUCACUUCUGGAGACUCCAGCAGUUGCAGAAUCUUUAACUCCAAAGACUCGGUCGAAGAAAUCCAGGAACAAAUCGUGAAGGGAGCAGGUUUUAUGUUCGGAAACAAGCCCAAUAGGAUUUUUGGAUUAAAGUGGAUUUAUUAAGCUGCGGGCAAGGAAGAAGUGGAUCAGGAUAGACGGAGUGGUAGGAUGUAGUAUCACUCAGCUGAAGACCUCUGGCACUUAUUGUGGUCUACUGGAUUAAAUCUCCACUACAGCCCCUCCCUUCCUGAGGCUUCAUCUCCCUGGCAGCUUGUAAAUUGUCUUUUAAAAUGUACAGAGUAACAAGAAAAUCCAAGUUUACUAUUUUUACAUGUUUUCUACUUUUUAAAUGUGGUCUAUCAUUUUUAGCAAUGAAAUAAAAGCUAUCUGACAU